AUUCUACUUCCGGUACGCUUACAUCCGCCAGUCUUCGACAAGCGAACCGUGCGUCAACAUGGAACUCGAAGGAAUGGAGAAUAAGAAAAUAAAUGAGCUGAAAAUAGAGGGAAUUCAACAGCAGAUAGAAGACUUGAAAAAAGAAAACCUUCAGCUGACACAAGAACAAGCGGAGCAAAUAAAAGUUCUAGAGACUCAGUUACACGAUUUAAAGGAACUCCGGAAAGAUUUAAAAACAGUAACAGAAACAGAACAAGAGCCAAUCGAGCCCAUCGACAACGUCAGAGAGCCUUCAGGAAGUGUCCGCUUCUCUAACAGCGCAGAAUACCACGAACUGAGAAACGAGGAGGACGAGCAGGAUAAAAAGCAAAGCAAGUGCGAAGUCAUGUGAUGCGCACGAAUUUUAUGAUGAUUUAUCUUUUUAAUAACAAUUUAUUUAACCCAUUGA